AUGAGUCCUCCGACCGCACCGGAACACUACACUCAACCAGCAGAAUGCUACUACGCACGCAACAACGUCCCCUCCGUCCCCGGCGCGAAAUUCGCGACCCUGGUCCCGCUCUACCAGGAAGCACACCCCAACCUCAACAUGCAGGAUGAACUAGAGGAGUGCUGCGAUACCAAUGUGUGGCUUUUCGAGGACCCGGAGCCAUGCACGGCUGUUUGUGCGGCGCGGUCUGAUGCGCAGGCGCAGACUGUGCAGUAUUGUUUGAAUGCGCGGGAUGUGGAUUAUGGGGAUGGGAGGAUUCCUUCUGGGGCUGUUGGGACGAGGGUUUCUGGUGGGGCUUUGUGGUUGUCCUUUUUGUUUUGUGGGCUUGUUCUGUCGGGGGUUGCGUGGUAG